AGAGAGAGAGAGCUCAAUAUAUGAUCUCUUGACUGUACGUUUUUGCCUUUGUUGUCAAACGGUUCGCUUAUGUUGGAAUAUAAACAAACAAGCCCGACAUUUAUUCGUUUUAUUGAGCAAAGUGUAACGUUUAAAAUAGAUUUUCAUGACCUUGCAUCGAAUGUCAUUAGAGGAAUUUAAUUUCAACAAGGAAACCAAGACGCAGCUGCAAGGAUGGAGAUCGUAACUCAUUUGAUAAAUGAUACCAUUGAGUUCUAUAAAUGGAGCCUCACCAUUGCAGACAAGCGUGUAGAGAAAUGGCCGCUGAUGUCCUCGCCUCUCCCCACCCUGGCCAUCAGCUCCAUGUACCUGCUCUUCCUCUGGCUGGGGCCCAAGUACAUGCGGCACAGAGAGCCCUUCCAGCUGAGGAAGACCCUCAUCGUCUACAACUUCAGUAUGGUCAUCCUCAACUUCUUCAUCUUCAAAGAGCUCUUUCUAGCAGCGCGGGCUGCAAACUACAGCUAUCUCUGCCAGCCCGUCAACUACACGGAGGAUGUGAAUGAAGUCAGGGUGGCAGCAGCACUGUGGUGGUACUACGUGUCUAAAGGUGUGGAGUACCUGGACACAGUGUUCUUCAUCAUGCGUAAGAAGUUUAACCAGGUCAGCUUCCUUCAUGUCUACCACCACUGCACGAUGUUCACGCUCUGGUGGAUCGGCAUCAAGUGGGUGGCGGGAGGACAGUCGUUCUUUGGUGCGCACAUGAACGCUGCCAUCCAUGUUGUCAUGUACCUGUACUACGGCCUGGCCGCCUUUGGACCCAGCAUCCAGAAAUACCUGUGGUGGAAGAAGUACCUCACCAUUAUCCAGAUGAUCCAGUUCCAUGUGACCAUUGGCCACACCGCCCUCUCUCUCUACAUCAACUGCGCCUUCCCGCACUGGAUGCACUGGGCACUGAUUGGCUACGCCAUAACCUUCAUCAUCCUGUUCGGAAACUUCUACUACCAGACCUAUCGCCAUCAGCCCCGCAGGGAGGCCCCACCCAAGGGAGGCAAGGGCAUGACCAACGGCGUGACCAACGGCGUUUCUCCAGCGCUGAACGGGCUCAGCAGGCUGGAGGAGAAACAGGCGGCGGGGGAGAACGGGAGGAGGAAGAGGAGGGGGAGGGCCAAGCGUGACUAG